UCUUGAUCACUCUACAUGUAAGUAUCCACAGUGAACACAGCAGAGCCGGAAUACUCUAAUAUCCCUGUAUCCAUAGUCAAAACAACAAUUCUGAAGAGUCAUGUACUUGCUUCCCAGUUUAUUGAUAGUCAUUUGCCUAAGAAUCGAAGUUAGCUUUGAACAAGAUAGACCAAACCACGAUGAGACUUAUUUUGCUUUCAACUUUACCCAUGUGGUAUUUCAUAGUAUCCUGUACUGUGGGCCAAAUAUUAUUUGCAACAAGUCUUUGCUGGCCUCGUUUAAUUUAUCGAAUCUGCCAGCUAGUAGUGUAAACAGAUGUGGAAUCUGUUCGUGUCACGAAAAUUGUGCAACUUUCCAUUCACCUUCCAACUGUUGUCCCGAUAUUUAUUUUCGACAAGGACUUCGAGAAUGCCUGGAUGUAAACAUUUUAUCAAGUAAAAAAAUCUUUACAAAAAUCAUAUCUUCUUGUCCUGUAGAUACAAACGAGUUUCUUUCGAAAGAAUGCGCAAGGAAGCGAUCCAAAGUCGAAUUGUUGCUGAACCCGCUUGUGAAUAACUCCGACUUAUCUGUGACAUACCUGAAUGAGUAUUGUGCUACAUGCAACAAAGUCGGUGAUGUGAUAAAAUGGAAUGCAAAAAUCAGAUGCCCUAAUGAAACUGACUUUAAUUAUUUAUCAACAUAUCAAGAAAUAAUAGAAUUGGCCACCAGAGAAUCUUGCAAUAUUGGAUAUUAUUCUACUUUAAACCCCGAUUGUUUAGCAGAGUCAGACAAAAUUAUUUCAACAUGUAAUGUAUCAGGUUCCUGGCUUAAGUACGACAAACAAAUAGAUAAAGCAUGUCAGAGCUCAUAUUUUGCUCCUAUUGGGAUUUUUAAAAACAUGUAUUGUAUGAUGUGUAAUCCUCCCGAAUAUCAGAAGAAUUUGAUGAUCGAGGAAUGUACCAAUGUCAGCAGUGUCUACAGAAACGCAUGUUUGAAUUUCCCUUCAUCAGAUGCGUCUCGGCCAUUUAAAAACCACUUUUGCUUUCUAUGUAACUUUGAUGAACAAAAUCAAACCUUUUUUAAUGACGUUAGUUUCCAAUGGGCUGAUGAACGAUGGAAUGAAGAACCACUUGUCAAAAACUACCCCUUUCGCUUGAUUGUAUCCUUUUAUUACAACAAUGAUGAUUUGAACCGUUAUAUUAAUCAAUACAUCAGCAACUCAUCUGUAAAAAUUCCGUCUCCGGUUCCAGUGAGCAAAGAAGGAUACGGUCUUUUAGGGAAAAGCCACAUGUUUUGUCCAUCUAAGAACGAAACCCUUUUUCCUCCACCACAAGGGACCAACCCCAUUCCAUUGUCUCUUUCAGUGUCGGACUCUUUUGAACCAAUGGAACCCCCCACAGAGGAAAAUACAACAAUAAAUCUUCACAAACUAAUUUUGAAAAGUUUUGCUUUUUCGGGCCGUGGUGUGUGUUCACAACAAUUGUUACCGAAUUACACCAAACAACUGCAACGUCCAUGUUCUUGCGAUAUAGGAUGUACCUCAAGUUGUUGUGAUGAUUUUGCAUUUAAACAACCAUGGAUUUGCGUUGAUAACCGAUACAAAAGAGAUAGCAAAGAAAAAGUCUUUAUGGCUAUUAACGGAUGUCUUAAGGACCAUAGGUUGGAGCCAUUGUGCAAAGGAAGUUUCAAUGAGAGUUAUUAUCACGCAUUUCCUGUAACAACAACAAUCGGAUUUUUUGAAUCCUACUUGAAUGUAUUUUGUUAUUUUUGCAAUCAAUUCGUAAACAGCGACAACGCCAAAAGAAGUUUAAAUUUAAGAUUUAAAAUCAGGAUUUGGCCUUUGCUGUUGGAUUGCAAAACAUUUGUAAACUAUCGCAAUUUCCAGUCAUUACAACGACUAAUUGAUGUUGCCAACAGAAAGUCGUGUAUUUUGAGUUUUUUGCCGCCCCCCGAUGCAUUAAAAUGCAGUGAUCAUUGUAUUGAAUACCGAGUACGAGCAAUUAAAAAAUGUAAUGUAUCUGGGACUUGGUUAUCAUUUGACGAAAAUAUACGCAAAGCAUGUGAAUAUACAGAACCGUUUCGGUUUCCUCUGAUAAAAAUUGGAGAAGCUAUUUAUAAGAACAAGUUCUGCGGAAUCUGCAAUCCUGUCAAAUCUAAUUCUUUAGGUAAAAGAUGCGACAUUAGCUUUAAAAACACAAGCAUUUCCAAAGCAUGCGAAGAAUUCCCAGACAUAAAAUCAUGCUUUCCUUAUAAAAAUGUUUUCUGUAAAUCAUGUAGCCGUGGCAAAAUGAAUCCCGACUGUUACACAGAAAUCACAGGAUCGCCAGGAUAUCCAGGAUAUCCAGGAUAUCCAGGAAUACAUAGUCCAGCCCCACCCAUUCCAGAAAUUCCUACGUUCAGAACACUUUUCACACUAGAUGCCUACAAAAACCAUGACGACAUCGAUGGUCGCAAAACAAAUGAUACAUGUCAGCAUAAUCAGAUGUAUGAUGACGUACAGCACACUUGCAGAAAUUUGACGUGUUUUCCAGGAAGACAUUUGAUAAAUGACACGUGCGUUCCCCUUCUUCCGUUUACUUCAAAGUUGCGUUAUACUUUGGGACUCACGAUCAAUGUUUCUGCUUUUAUUUCAAUCAAUAUAACAGUUAAAGACGCAUUGAAAAGUACACUUGAUUACCUUUCUUAUCAGUUUUUUGCACGUACGCUGAACACGGAUGUAUUCAUUGAAGAGAUAAUACUAAUGAGUACUGAGGCUUGUUCAACAGCCUUUUACAACCUUCGUAAUAUAUACUUGUAUAUCAAAUUUUUUAUUGACCAAUAUAUACAGAGAGAACAAGUAGAAAAUGCGCUUUUAAACUUUACCCAUACUUAUUCUGAUUUAGUGCUUCAUUUCUUUUCAUUAGGGAAAUUUGCUGAUGUUGCUUUAAAUCAACAAUCCAUUUAUUUGCCAUUGUUGCUAGGGAAGUUUGAUAAAAAUACAACUUGCGUCGUGCUGUUUAAAAAUGACACAUACGUUCAUAAGUUGUAUAGAAAUACAAUUGUAAGCCCACUGUUAAGCUGCAAACAGUUUGAAGUGCAUAAUAACGAAUUCGGAAUUGACUGGGCAAAUAUGAAAGAGGAGUUCUCUUUUCCAGGCUUGACUUUUUCUGUUCAACCAUACCAAAAAUUAGAACACGGCGGUACUAGAAUAUGUGUUGACGAUUUGUUAUUGUUGCUUCAAACGCAGAAGAAAGAGCUAAUUAAUACCAAUAAAACAGCGUUAGAAAUCAUAACCCUUGUCUGUAUAGUUAUAUCUUUAGUAUCACUAGUGGUUACGUUUAUUACUUAUUUAUUUUUUCCCAGCCUUAGAACAGUUCCAGGUCUCAAUAAUAUGUGCCUUGUGAUUUCUCUUUUUCUGGCACAGUUGUUUAUGAUAUCAUCACCCUUAUUUCGUUCAUCGGGACACAAAAUUCUAUUUGCUUCCACUCAUUUUUCUUGGCUUGCAACCUUUUUCUGGCUUCAGGUUUGCUCGUUUCACAUGUACCGCGUUUUUAGUGCAAAAUCGCGAUCGACAUUUCAUGGAAGUCAGACUAAAAAAGUAAUGACACAAUAUGGAAUAUAUGCAUUUGGUUUGGCAGCAUUAAUAGUUGGAGCUAAUAUCAUUAGUACAUUGAUAGUUUCUAGCGGUAAAUUCUCGGGAUAUGAUAAAAUAUCAACGCUGCUAACGUACGAAAAAGCUUUCAUCAUUACUGUCAUCGUGCCCCUUGUUUUCGUGUGCAUGACAAACAUUUUCUUUUACAUCUUGACAGCUUACAAUAUUCAUUCUACGCCAAAUGUUGAAAACAAAACAGGAAACAGGAUGCAUUUUAGCGUUUAUAUCAAAUUAUUUUCUAUCACAGGUUUGUCUUGGUUGUUACAGAUCAUUGAUAUGUUUCUAGAAACAACAAUGUUUACAUACGUUGUGGCGAUACUAAAUGGCCUACAAGGUUUAUUUAUUUUUGUUAGUUAUGUUUGCAAUCGACGAGUAUUGACAAUGUAUGCCGAAGUUUGUUGCAAAGCCAAUCGUCAGCAUUCAUCACGAUCAUCUAAUACUGCAAAAACAACACUAUAAUAUGUUUUAUUAAUGCAAUCGCGAAUAUUCGUCAUUUUUCUGUUCAUUAUACUGCUGAAUAAUACUUAUAUUAUGCCAUUAUUUUGAGUAAUAUUGUAUUGGAACUUAUAAUGCUUUGUAAAUUUUUAAAAAAUGUGUGAAUAUAUAAAAAGUAUUUAUGAUCUCCAUGCUUGUCCAUUGUCAUUAUUCAAAUGAAACGCAAUAUUGUGUAUAGCUGGAAUCAAAAUAAAAUGCACUUUUAAAAAAUGUUUAGAAUAU